GCUCAUUUGGGCGAGACAGCCCAGUGUUUACCGUGGGUAAUCUAUGUGGGAAAUGGAUUUAGAAACUUGGAAACCAGUUUGCGCUCCAGAAAAUGAUUGCUUAUUCGCAUUGUUUUUGCUUCUUCUCCACCAUCAAUGUUCUUCACGCGUUGCGUCAGAGAAGUCUGCAAGCAAUUGACGGAGGUCUGAUCAAUGCCAGAACACGUCCCUAUUCAAGUGCUUGCGACUAGGUUAAGAUUGUCGUUUUAGGCUUUCAAGAUGAAGACCGUCUUUUGUGGAAUAUUUGUUUUAUUGGUGAGCUUACAAGUGGAAGGAAUCAAGGUUCCAUCAGAGAUCCCGGAAGUGACCUUCGAUGAUUUGAAAUUGAUCAUCGCGGGUGAGAAAUCGUCGGAUCUUCUAAGAGUUGGGAUAAACAAGAAAAUCUCAUGUUUUGGGGUUCAAUUCGAAAAUGACGAUGAGAUUCAGAAAUCAUUGAACGAUUUGAGGACCCAAGCUCCAAGAUGUUUUGAUAAAACCCAAGGUCUGUCCGAAAUCAAGAUGUUAGACGGAGCCACUCGUCAAACGUACGCUACCGAACGAGGAGCCUAUCCGGAUUGUUUAUCAAAGCCCAUGCAUCGUCUUUCCGAUGUUUUCGAUCAAAUCGAAACGGAGGUGGUCAAACUGAUCCAAGGGGGAACCCAAGCACUUCAAUAUCAGGUGGGAGACAAGGACUUUCAUUUGAGAAAUGCGCCCCAUAAGGAUCAGGUCCGUGUUUAUCAUCCUCGUAACGGUCAGACAAGGGUCCCUAAAAGUUUUAUGGUACCGUUUCACCGCGAUAAUGGGCUGUUUCUCAUCUUGACACCGGUUCCGGACCACCCUCUGAUAAUUGAGCUCGAAAGUGGCAAUGCCAUAUCCACAGGACAGUUGGGACCAUCCACAAUCUUGGUUCUUAUGGGACUUGGAACGUCAGACUGGUUGUUUCAGGGCGAAAAACGACCGGAUUUUUGGGCCACCCCCCACGCAGUUCCAUCAUUUGAUCCAGGAGUCAAAACUAGGACAGUUUUCGCCCGAAUGAAAGUGGUGCCAAACGAGGCUGUGCCCAUUUUAAAGACCAGGGAACUUGGACCCGAGCUUCUGACCUUCGAUGAGGUGUUCAAAAGAACUUCAGCCAGUGGGGUGGAAUCCUAUUCUUCCUCAGAUACUGAGCGCACGUUUGACAAUUGGACUCGUACUAUGGAACAGUCAUGUGACGAAGGCUCGGCCUUUUGUUGGAUGGGUUGUCUGAGCAUACCCAACAAUUGUGAUCAAAAAAAGGAUAACCUGACUUGCAUGACUGCGGCUCAAGACCCUUGUUUUGGAGAUUCCAUGAACCCCUCUUGUCAUUGGGAAUGUGUCAAAGCCAAACAAGUCCUCCAAGAACCUCCAAAUGAGAACUCAUUUUGUCGUGGAGCCACGGAUAUGCUCAUGUGAGGGUUCGAAUCCUCCGGUAACCAAGGGUUCUGCAUAAUCCUCUUCAUUCCCUACUGGACCCUGAAUACGCGAUGGAAAUUUGCAUGCGGAUGCUUAUUCACAAUGAGUUUGGGAUUCCUCAUUGAAUUCAUGAUUUUCUUCAGACGCCGUGUUUCUCGCACAGUCCUUGGCAAGUUCCGCAAGCUGUGGAUGAUAGCAUGCUUCGGGGUCAACCUGUUUUUAGGCUAUCUAGCCAUGUUGGUGGUCAUGACCUAUUCUUUGGAAUUAUUUUUGUGCACCUGUUUUGGCAUCAUAAUCGGGCAUUAUGUGUUCAAUAUCCGGGAGCCGGUGACCGAGUCCAUCGACCCUUGCUGUGCUGCACAGGAGGAUCACCAAUCUCUUUCUGUGUAUCAUGUUGAAAUGGACCAAUUUGAUCAUCAAAAGAAUUGUUGCACUAAUUCUCACCAAAAUGUACCAAUCUGAAACGGCUUUUGCUUUUCAUUGUAG